CUCAUAGACUUGGCUUUUCGGUGGUUACAAGAAUCCUGCACCCACCAUACCUCACCCAGUUCUGUUGCGUUUUGCUCUAUUCUAAAGCAAGGCAAAGAUUAAGAUCUGGUAGGGAAAUUGGUGUGGAAGAGUACGGAUCUGGCAGUUUCUUCGUCCAUCGGGGCAUAGUUUGUUUUUGCGAUGGGUUGGAGAUACAACGCUGGCUUGUUCCUAAUAGCCACUGUCGUUGUUAUUUGGGUUACCUCAGCUGAAGUUACCCAGGAUAUUUUUACAGAUUAUAAGCAGCCGUUUGCAGUGACAUAUCUUGGAGCUUCUCUUAUGGUAGUUUACCUCCCAAUAGCAUUCAUUAAGGACUGGUUCUGUAACUUACUUAAAUCCCGCUCCUCUAAAAGUGGUAAAAAUGCAGAGUGCGUGGAUGAGUUUUCUGUCAGCAUUAGCUCUCCUCUCAAAAGCAAUGGAGUGCAGAAAAAUUUUGAACUAGAACUGGGGAGUGUGAUUCGGAAAGAUAGUGAUUUAGACCUUGCGACACUUUCAGAAGUAAAGCCAUUGGUAGCUAAAUAUAAUGAUAAUACUAAUGUGCUAAAGGUGGAGAAAGAACUUACUGCGAAGGAAAUUGCUGCUUAUGGGUUUUACAUUGCACCUAUCUGGUUUAUAACAGAGUACCUAUCAAAUGCUGCCCUUGCACGAACAAGUGUUGCAAGUACAACAGUAUUAUCAUCAACUUCAGGACUUUUCACACUUUUCAUUGGUGCAUUUAUGGGUCAAGACUCUUUAAAUGUAGCAAAAGUAGUUGCUGUCUUAGUCAGCAUGGCUGGGGUUGUCAUGACAACAAUGGGGAAAACUUGGGCUGCGGAUGAAUCUCAAUUAAGUGAUGCCAAUGGAAAGCAUUCUUUGGUUGGCGAUCUUUUUGGAAUUCUCUCAGCUAUGUCAUAUGGUCUAUUUACAGUUCUUCUUAAGAAAUUUUCUGGCGAAGGAGAAAGGGUUGAUGUGCAAAAGCUGUUUGGGUAUAUUGGAUUGUUUACCCUAGUAGCACUGUGGUGGCUUGUCUGGCCUUUGAUGGCCUUAGGAAUUGAACCAAAAUUCAGCAUUCCCCACUCUGCUAAACUGGACGAAGUGGUUCUUGCAAAUGGAUUUAUUGGAAGCGUACUUUCAGAUUACUUCUGGGCACUUUGCGUGGUAUGGACUACUCCCCUUGUGGCCACUUUGGGUAUGUCACUCACCAUUCCUCUGGCAAUGGUGGCUGACAUGGUAAUUCAUGGUCGACAUUAUUCAGCAGUAUACAUUCUUGGCUCAGCUCAGGUAUUUUUAUCAACUACUUGAUCUUUUUUAGCUGGUACCUCGGUAGGAUUUUUGUUUCUAUUUACCCAAAUGAUAACAAUAAGUAUAUUUGUUAAAAAAAAAGGUCCUUUUUCCUCUUGGUGUUAUGAUGACCCUUGCAGUUUAAUAUCUGUUCAGAUAGUUUAUAUUUUCUUCCCUGGUUAUUUGUUUGGGCAUGUCCAUAUUCAUGAGUUGUUGAGGGCAUGUUUGUGGGGGGGGAUUGGCUGUUUGGUCUCGUCUACAAAUUAUUGCGGAUAGCAUAUUUUUAAUUUCAAUCAUGCGUAUGAGUUAUGUUGCUUGUCAAGUAACUUCAGGAAAUGGAUCUCAUCAAAUGUACCCCACUUUCGUCUCCAAUCUUGGCUCGCAUUGUCAUAUCGGUCCCUGCACUGAAAAAACAAACAAAAUACAUGUCCUUAACCUUUUGUUUUUGUUUUCAGUCAAUUUUGUCCUCCGUUUGUGCUUUUGUUCAACAAUAUAAGCCCCGAAACAUAAGACCU